AUGCUAGGGACGUCUUCCCAGGACCAGGAUGAGAUAGGUGGCUAUGCAGCCACUUGUUCAGUUAUGUCAGGUAUUCACUUAGAUAGCUGUUUACGUGCGUUAUGGAACCAAGAUUUGAUGACCGAUGGUAAAGAGACAGAGUUUACACCCGAAGAGCAGAGGAUUAUAGAUGGUGUUGAAGCUUCAAAGGUGUACCACAGGGAGCAGGGAUGUUACGAGGUUUCCAUCCCAUGGAUAGAUGGCAGUCCGGAACUUCCAUGUAACUACGAGAUCGCCCGUCGCCGCCUGGUGUCCUUGGAGAGAACCUUGAUGAAGAAACCGAAACUGGCGGAGAAGUACAAAGACGGGAUGAAGCAAAACAUCGAGAAGGGAUACCUGAAAAAGGUGCCAGAUGCAGACAUUGCUUCUGGGUGGUAUCUUCCGCACUUUCCGGUGGUUCGGGAGGACAAGGAGACUACGAAGGUGAGGAUAGUGUUUGAUUCUGCAGCCCAGUAUCAAGGAGUCUCCUUGAAUGAUAAGAUGCAUGCUGGUCCCAAGCUUCAAAGAGGAAUCUUCGACAUCUUGGUGAGAUUUCGCGUGGGUCAAGUUGGUCUGGCUGGAGACAUCAAGGAGGUGUUCUCCCAAGUUUUGCUGUCUGAGAGAGAUCGCAAAUUUCACAGAAUCUUAUGGAGAGAUCUAAAUGUCUCAUGUGCCGUUAAAGUUUAUGAGUCGACCAGACUAACUUUUGGGGAUAAAGCGUCUCCUUUUCUUGCCAUGCAUGUCUUGCAGACUCACGCCAGAGAUCACCAGGAUGUGUGCCCAGCUGUUGCCUUUGUGUGCCUGUACUGCACAUAUAUGGAUGAUGCGAUUACCUCGAUUGAUGGGACUUGGGAGGCCAAACAGCUACGGAAAGAUUUGGCUGCCAUUUUGAUUAAGGCCGGAUUCUACAUUCGGAGAUGGUGCAGUAACGUCCUACUGGCAUUGGAGGGAGUACCUGCCGAAGAUAGAGCUAGUGGACAGUUGGAGGUGAGCGAUUCCACUUUACCAAGCAUCAAGACGUUGGGAAUCAGGUGGGAUGCCGAGCCUGACUGUUUUGGGUUUGCUGCCAAGAAGAUUGUCGUCCCAGAGGUCGUUACCAAGAGGUCGCUGUUGAGUCGCAUUGCUACACUGUUCGAUCCCUUACAGUGGUUGGCACCUUUCACCAUCCGUGUAAAGAUGACGUUACAGCAGUCCUGGGUUUUGGGAUUGGACUGGGAUGAACCUAUGCCUGAGGCCCUGGUGAUAGAAGCAACAGAAUGGUUCGAGCAGUUACCGAGGAUAGAACAGCUAGUCAUCCCAAGGCGAUACUUUACCCAGCCAUCAAAUGAGGGAGUUGUUACCAUUCACACUUUUUCCGAUGCCAGUUCGGAAGCAUAUGCCGCCGUGAGUUAUGCCCGUUAUGUCUCAGCUGGCGGAGAGAUAGAGCUGUCAUUGGUCGCAGCAAAAGCCAGAGUCGCGCCCUUGAGAGCAGUGAGUAUUCCGCGACUUGAAUUGAUGGGAGCCGUGCUAGGCUAUAGACUCACGCUGAAGAUUACUACCUUGCUGAAGUGUCCAAUAGAAAAGGCAACAUUUUGGACCGACUCACUAGAUGUGGUUCAUUGGGUACGGAAUCAGUCGAGGCGAUUUAAGCCGUUUGUGGCCAAUCGUAUUGCUGAGUUGCAAACUGAAUCUAAUCCUCACCAAUGGCGUUUUGUUCCAGGCAAAGAGAAUCCUGCAGAUGUAGCCACGAGAGGGAUGUCGGUGGAGGAUCUGACCAGUCCGAAUGUAUGGUUCCAGGGCCCGGAAUUCUUACAUAAGGAAGAGAGCCAGUGGCCGACGUGUAAGACUCUGAUCAACCCUACAGACCAAGCUGUAAUCGAGUCUUCCAAGUCGUGUGUGCAGACAAAUGCCAUGGUUGCAGUUUCAACACCAGAACUUCUCGAAAGAAUGAACUACACCAAGUACUCCACAUGGAAUCGAUUGGUACGUGUGAUGGCUUGGAUGAUAAGGUUUGUCCACAUUGUUAGAGGAGGACCUCAGCAGAGGGUGAAUCGACAGGAACCUGACAAGAAUGGGUGCAAUUCCAGCGAGUUAGAUGGGUCUGAUCGACAGUAUGAUGGUCACACUUCAAAAUGUAAGAAUUUCGGUGAUAGACAAGCUGAUACUGACGAAAUUCCGAAUGAUGCCUAA